ACAUAAACCAAUUAUAGGGUAUAUCAAGUUAACAAUAUAAUGGUGGCAAGAAACCAACAUAAUUUGGUUCCCAUAACAUGGGGAUCUUCAAUAAACCUUAGUAUAGUAGUUCAAUUCUUCAUUGCACUUCUUUUUGCUGUGUUUUUCAUUGGAGCAAUUUAUAUGGCCGAAGAGUAUGCCACUUUUUUUAACAUGUUUUCUGCCUCAUCAGAAGAUAAUGUGUUUUCCGACGUUUCACAGUCUGAUCAGUGCAACUUGUUUAACGGGAAAUGGGUGUUUGAUAACACGUCAUACCCUCUAUACAAAGAGAAAGAAUGCAAAUUCAUGUCGGAUCAAUUGGCUUGCAACAAGUUUGGAAGGAAAGACUUGAGCUAUCAGAAUUGGAGGUGGCAACCGAACCAUUGUGACCUCCCAAGAUUCAAUGCAACUAGAUUGUUGGAGAAACUAAGGAACAAGAGGAUGGUGUUUGUAGGAGAUUCUCUAAAUAGAGGCCAAUGGGUUUCAAUGGUUUGCCUUUUAGAUUCAUCCAUCCAUAACCCAAAACUCAAAUUCAUGGACUAUAGCGGCGCCAAUUUAAUCGCCUUCAAAGCUGUUGCGUACAAUGCCUCAAUCGAGUUCUAUUGGGCACCUUUGCUGGUUGAGUCUAACUCUGACGACCCAGUGAACCAUAAGUUACCUGAAAGGAUCGUUCGAUCCCAGUCCAUUGAAAAGCAUGCUAGAGUAUGGACUGACGCUGAUAUACUAAUCUUCAAUUCCUACCUUUGGUGGAGACAACCCCAUAUCAAAGUCCUGUGGGGUUCCUUUGAAGAUGGAAAUGGGACAUAUAAAGAGGUGGAAAAUCUUCGUAGCUACGAACUGGCUCUUAAAACCUGGUCGGAGUGGUUAGAGUUUCAAGUUGAUCGAGUCAAGACUCAGUUGUUCUUCAUGAGCAUGUCGCCUACUCAUGAAAGGGCUGAAGAAUGGGGUGCAUCCAAAGGCCAAAAUUGUUAUAGUGAGACCGAAUUGAUUACCAAAGAGGGAUAUACCGGUAGUAGCGCAGAUCCUAAAAUGAUGAGAAUAGUUGAAAACACUAUUGAUCAAUUGAAAACAAGAGGCUUGAAAGUGGAAAUGAUCAACAUAACUCAACUUUCCGAAUAUAGAAAAGAAGGGCAUCCCUCAAUAUAUAGAAAGCAAUGGGAUGCACUAAGUGAAGAACAAAUAUCAAAUCCAAAUAGCUAUGCAGAUUGUAUACAUUAUUGUCUUCCUGGUGUACCUGAUGUGUGGAAUGAGCUUUUAUAUGCUUAUAUCUUUCAAUAACGAAAAAUCUUAUACAAUACAUUUUACUAGUCA